CGCUGCUCUCGCUUUCUUCAUAGAUGGCUCGCGCAACUCGCUCAGGCAACAAACAAGACGACACAUUGAUAGAGACCAAACCUACUGACGUGCCUCUCCCUCUUUCCCCGGGCAAGCAGAAAGGACUCAGUGGCCAAAUCAAGAAGCGCAAACGCAGCUCGAACGCAGAAAACGAAGAUCAACCUGCGGCAAAACAGCUGCGAGCCGACUCGCUUAUCAAGGGCGAGGACUCACUCGAAAACGAUGUCACCAAAGAAAGGCCCGUCGAGGUGAAGGGUGCAGGAGAUGUACCCAUCCUUUCGGAGGAUGCUCAGCGCAUUCUGGACAUCCUCGAAAUGGUCGAUACACAAGGCCUUCUUGACAGAGUCUUCCCCUUACCCGCCGAUCCCGCGGCCACCCUCGACCCUCAAUCUUCAUCGCAGUCCAAUACAUACUCAUUCCGUACACUACUUCAAGAAUCUCAGCGCCAUCCAUUGCGUGUCCUUAAGUCUGCGGUUCAACCCCUCCUCCCUGUCUUCACUCACCCCCGCUCCCGUCCAUCUGCACCCGCAGCGCAACAACUCAAGUUCUGCAAUCUCGCUCUCUCCCUUCUUGACCAAUGUUCUUUCCAUUCCUCACCAGCCUCCUUCGAUGUCGAGUCUCUCCUUCCAGACCCCGUGAACCACCUUUUCUCCGAUUCUGAGGGCACUUCAACCUCUCGCUCUUCCAUUUCCCGAAAACGAAAGUACGCCUUGAUGCAGAAACUUCCGACCGGAGAAUGGUGGACUUCUGUUGACACGGAGGGCGUCUCAACUGACGGAAGGGAGCUCAAAGACUUGCCGACUGCCCAAGCUGAGCUUGUCGCCAUUCUACCAUCAGCAUCGUCGUCCUCUGGUGUGUCGUCCUCCGUGCCAACCCUCGGAACAUAUUCCAAAAGAAAGCUGGUCAAGAAAGCAUUUGACACGGGCCCGAGACCCGUCUUCACUGGCGCUUUUCUAGACUAUGGCCCUUAUGCGAGCUUUGCGCCGACAUUCGAUCAGGACAGCGCGGAAGUUGGACGAGUCAGGCUAGGCGAAGUACUGUGGGAGGAAGAGAAGAAGAGAAGACUGGACAGAUUGAGGAGUGUGACUUCCAAAUCUGGGAGUGUCGAUGAUAUUCAGAUGGAGGAUGAGAGCGGUGAAGUGGAAGAUGUGACAGAUGAUGAAAAGAGAAAGCUGGUGGAAGGCACGAAGAGCGUGCCUGAAGAGACGCUGCACGACCUCCUUCCUCCGGAAGAAGUGGCCUCUAUAAAAUCGGCUCUGGGUACGCUAGAGCUAGAGCAGGCCGUGCAGGAGCUCUUGGACCGCAAUACAAAAGCGCUGAAGAGGUUGGAGGAAUUGCAACGCAGACGACUCGCUUCUGGCUCAACGAAGGUCGAGAUGAACUCGGAGGAGUGGGAUGUCGCCCAAGGCAUAACAAAUUCUUUGGCCACUCUGGCCUCUCUUCGCCCCCGUUCCUCUGGUAGCACUCUUCCGCCUCUUAUUCCUUCUCCGGCAGCCUUGCACCAACUCCACCGUACACUACCUACCGGUCCUUCUGAAGGCUGGUACGGAACGCUCCAGUCCAAUCGCCCCACUACUGCCCUUCGCGACGAUACCACCAUUCAUCUCAAAACCAAUCACAUUCCUGCUGCCGCUGUUGCCGCCGCCUCCGCAGCUACACCAGCUAUCACGACCCCUGCUACACCCGCUUAUCAAAACUCCAGCCUUCGACCCGGUGCCACAACUCCCGCUACACCCUCUGCAGCGACGGGCUACGCAGGGGCGUAUGCAUACUCUGGGUAUGGCAACACACAAUACAGGACUGCUGGCUACAAUUAUGCUCCUGCAUCGACGAAUGCCUAUUACCCGAACGCGUAUGGACAAAGUGCUUCCACCGCUGCGCCGGCGACACCGGGAGCAUCGACCUCCGGCCAACAGCAACAGCAAUACACGGCCGCGUCUGGAACGAAUCCGUACUCGUACACGUCUUCGUGGUACAAUUAUACGCAUCAACAGCAACAGCAACAACAACAACAACAACCCUCUCAGUCGGGCACGGCACCGGGUACACCCCAAGCCGGCCAGACCACCCCGUCGUACAACGCUUUCUUCAACUCUCAGUCGCAGAGAGCUGUGGCGAACACUUUGGCUACUACGGUAGCUACUACCGCAGGUGCGAAAGGGUAUACGCCUACUUGGGCUGGAUCGACGGCGGCGGCUGGGUCGGGUGCGAGCGGCUAUGCGCCUACGUUGCCAAAAGCAGGGAGUACGAGUGGGAAUGGGAAUGGGGUGACGCUGGGGACGCCGACGACUGGUGCGGGGCAGUAUUCAGGUUAUAAUUAUGCGCCUUAUCAGUCGCAUCUGGCGCAGACGCAGGCCGGGCAGCGGUAGUACGUCUGUUGUCUGGCGGAUCUCUGAUUGAUCCAAUGAACAUCUUGUAGUCGACGAAUUACAUUCCAUUUCGAUCUUUUUUUUUUCAUUCUCCAUUCUCCCUUUUGAGGAAUCGCCACACGUCCACUCUUGACUAUUCCAGCUUUUGUCAGUCGUGAUCAUACGCACCUAGCGGGCCUCUAAUGUUUGUUUCUUGCACCUUUCGCGCGUUUAUUUUUUUCUACAUGACUUCUUUGACUGUAGUUAAGUUGGUUGACGUCUAUCGCGUAGAAAUCUGUGAUCUAU